AUGAUAAGGAGUAACGAACAACUUGAUAGUCAUUCUAGUACCAUCAUAAAUGUGCCAACUACUCCUACAAUAGUAGUUUCUCCUAAAGUAGCACCUUUGCUCACUCCUGGAGGAACAAAAGAAUGGCUUCCAAUAUGCCCCAAUGAGUUGAAACCAACUAUAGGGAUGAAGUUUAAUAAUCUUGAAGAGGGUCUUGAAUUUUAUAGAAGUUACGCAUUUGCUGCUGGAUUCAACACAAGAAAUUCUACAACUAAAAGACAAAGAAGAAGCAUAGAAUUGAAAUCACAUUAUAUCUUAUGCAAUAAAGAAGAAUACAAAGAGAAAAGAAAGGCUACUGAAAUUAUUGGAGGAUAUGAUAACAUUGAAGCAUCUAAGCAAGAUUUCAAAAAAUUUCAUAGAGAUUUAAAAGCAUACAAUCAAGGAAGUGAUGCUCAAAUAGGAUUGUGGGCAAACCCCCUUUGUAAAAAGAGUUAUUCUCUAUUUGGUGAUAUGGAUAGUAUGGCAAGAACAAAAAAGACCAAGAGAAUUGAGAACUCUGAUGCCUCCAUUUUCCGGGUUCAGAUUAGUGAGCUGUCGGACCAGCCGCUAGAUACCGCAGGGACCCAAGGUGACCCUUCUGCCGAGAGCUCUGAGGAGGGAGCUAAAGUAGCUUCUUCCCACUUCAUUGUUGACCUGGUCAGUCAGCAAACAACCCUUGAAGAAGAAGAGGGGUACAACAUGGUGUUUACUCCAUUUAUAGGGGUUGACCAUCAUAAGAGCUGCAUUACUUUUGCUGUUGGUUUCAUAGCAAAGGAAGAUAUUAUGUCAUUUGAGUGGAUGUUUAGAUCAUUUCUCAAGGCAAUGGAUGGGAAUGAACCUAAUUGUAUGGUCACGGAUCAGGAUCCAACAAUGAAAAUUGUUGUUAAAAGUGUGUUUAAGAAGACUGAACAUCGGUUCUGUAUGUGGCACAUAAUGAAAAAGUUACCAGUUAAGGUGGAGAAAUCAAUCAUGCAAGAAGAAAAUGGUUUCCUAAAAAAUAUGUGUGCUUGCGUUUGGCAUCUUGAAAUUGAACCCGCUGAGUUUGAAGAAAGGUGGAAAAAGGUAAUGGUUGAAUACCACUUGGAAGAACAUGAGUGGUUAGUUUAUAUAUACAAGAUAAGGGACAAGUGGAUUCUUGCGUAUUUCAGAGAUGUGUUCCUUAGAGGAAUAAUGCGUACAAGAUCUGAAAGCGAAAACAACUUUUUCUGCUCCUUUAUUAAUCUUCACGUGUCACUUGUUGAGUUUUACUUGAGAUAUGAAGCUGCAAUUGAUGCCCAAAGACACACUCAAGGUCAGAAUGAUAAUGAUUCAAAGCACAAAUAUCCUGAGUGCAAAUCACCACUAGAGAUAGAAAAGCAUGCCUCACAUUUAUAUACUAACUUUGUCUUUUAUGAAUUCCAAUAUGAGCUAUUUUAUAGACAAGGAAUUCCAUGUACACAUAUGAUUUGGGUUUGGAAAGUAAAAAGGUUUGAAACCAUUCGUGAGCAGUAUAUGCUACACAGAUGGACUACUAUGGCACUAAAGAAACCAAUUUUUGACUUGGGUGGAAACCUGUUAAAGCAAUGUGCUAAUUUAAUUGACAAGAAAAAAUUGUUAAAUGAUAUAUGGUUAGAGAUACAUACUUGUGUAAGUUUGGCAAAAGGCAAAGAUGAAGAUAUUCAAGACCUUGUGAUAAAUCUUCAAGGAAUAAGAAAGGGAUUUGGAGGCUAA